AUGACCGGUGGCGGUGACCGGCUAUCCGAACUCCCCGACGACCUCCUCCGUCGCGUUCUCCACUUCGCCCCGCUGAAGCAGGCCGCCUCCACCACCGCGCUCUCGCGGCGAUGGCGCGCGCCGCUCUGGCCCUCCUCGGGCGCCGUAAACCUCGAGAUGGACGCCGACCGCGCCCGCUUCUUCUCCGCGUCCCGGGCGGCGCUCGCCGUCGCCGACGUCCGCGUCACCAGGCUCACCCUGCACCUCGAAUCCAAGUCCACCAACUUGCUCUACACGCUCCCCGCCGACUCCCUGCCGCAGGAGACACUUCGGGUCCUGGAACUCACCCGCUGCAAGGGAUUCCUCUACAUGGAGGCCCUCGCGCUCCAGCGGCUGUCGUCCCUACGGCUGAGCCGUUGCUCUCAGCACCUAAGCUCCCUCCAACGCUUCAUCGACGCCGCGCCGGCGCUGGCGUCCGUCCGCCUGGAGGAUGUCCUCAUCGACGCAACAGACAAGGACAAGGACGACGCUAACCUUCCGUCGUCUCCAACUACCCGCCGCUUUGUAUGCCCGGCGGCCACCGUGCUCGUGCUGAACUAUUGCAAGUGGGAGGAGAAGAACCGGCGCGGCGACAUCUAUAGCGCAUGGUACUACCAUACGGUAACCGUGGAUGUCCUUGGCGUGGAGAUCAACGCACCGAGGCUGCGCCGCUUCAAGUACAAGGGGCUACUCCGGUCCUUCUCCUUCAGUACACGGCCGCCGGAUCUUGAACAAGUGGACCUGGAUUUUUCUGGGCCCGACUACAAGAGGAAGAAUCUGGAUCCAGACCCAGACCGUGACUUAGCAACCUUCUGGAGAUUCGUUGGGAACUUCAUUAGCACCAGAGAGAUGAGGUUGAGGGUGAACCAACUCGAGGAAAUCGCCGUCCUCAGCGAGGCAAGGCGGAUCGAGCUCCUGCCGGCGUUCCGCCGCCUCCAGCGUCUCGAGGUUCAAGGAGCUCCUUCCACCAAAGGCAAGUCUGCACCACUGGCCAUCUUGAUCCUGCUCCGCUGCUGUCCCGUGCUCUCUGCCCUCCGAAUCAACCUCGCCACAGAGAACCAAAAUGACGCCCAAAAUAAAGAAGGGGCACCCGACCCACGAAAUCCUCAAAAGGAAAUUCAGGUCGCUGCUUUGCUGGGUCCGAGCCACCAUUUCCAAUGCUUGCGGAGCUCCCUCAGCAGAGUAGCCUUGCGAUUCCGGGUAGAGAAGUCGGACUGCCUUGGCGUCAAGCUGAUAAAAUUCUUCGCGGAGAAUGCGAUGGUUCUUGAAGAAAUGCGUAUUGAUGGCGGGGAGGAAAAGUUUUGCGAGCACAUGAAUCCCAAGACUGAAAAGUGGAACUCGAAAAGGAGAAAGUUGGGGGCGACAAGUUUUGCGGUCUUACCUCUUAAGAGGUGA